AGGACAUGACCAAAGAAGCAAAAAAUUUCCGAACCAUUCCUUUAGACUUUUGCCAAAUAUCUCCAAAACAUGUGUGCCUAGAAACAACCACAAAUCCAACUAUACAUGGCAUUCUUUCCACAACAGCACCAGCUUCAGCUUGAGGCAGCUCCUUAAAAUGCGCGCCCUCCUUACCUUAAGGCCUCCAUGCCUUUCUUCUUCUUCUCUUCCAAUUACUUAUAACUUCCAUUCCUCUCCUUCUGCUUCUCAUUCUUCUUCUUCUUCCGAUUCCUUUCACUCUAGCUUUAGACCCAAUAAGCAUUUCCACUUUUUUAAGCCUUGUUCUUCUCUCAGAGAAACAAAGAAGCGGCAGUCCCUUCAGAAGAGUCCACCCAAUGCUCCACAGAGUCUGAGGUGGUUCCUCAACCCCAAAGGUGAUGAUGACGAGAAGCUCAAAGUGGAUGAGGAUAAGGGUAAGGGUGAAGGAGGGAUCGAAGGGGAUACUGCACUUAAAGGUACCGUUUUGGCUGGAGUUUUACUUGUGGGUGUUGUUGGUGGAUUUGCUACUGUCGGGUAUGUCUACAAGGAUCAGAUCAAUGCUUUCUUGAACCAAUUCUCUACUUUCAUUGAAGGUUAUGGCCCUGCUGGAUAUGCUUUGUUUGUAGCAGUUUAUGCAGGAUUGGAAAUCCUCGCUAUUCCUGCCAUUCCAUUGACUAUGUCAGCUGGUCUUCUUUUUGGCUCUGUCAUUGGCACCAUUAUAGUCUCUAUCAGUGGAACGGUGGCCGCAAGUGUUGCCUUUCUAAUUGCUAGAUAUUUUGCUCGUGAGCGUAUUCUUAAACUGGUUGAAGGGAACAAAAAGUUCCUUGCAAUUGACAAAGCGAUUGGAGAAGAUGGCUUCAGAGUGGUGACCCUCCUUAGAUUGAGCCCUUUGCUCCCAUUUUCACUGGGGAAUUAUCUCUAUGGAUUAACAUCUGUGAAGUUUGUGCCAUAUGUGUUGGGAAGUUGGUUGGGGAUGCUUCCAGGAACAUGGGCUUAUGUCAGUGCUGGUGCAUUUGGUCGAGCAAUUAUUCAAGAGGAAUCAGAUUUGGGGCUUGGUGGAGGAAAUGGUAUAUUGACACUUGGACUCGGAUUGUUGGCCACUGCAAUAGCGGCAGCUUAUGUGACACAGCUUGCAAAGGACGCUGUAAAAGAUAUUGAGUAAGCAUCAGGCAUGGGUUUUGCACCACUUAAGUUGAUAACAGUAUAGUUGAAAAUUGUAAAAUUGGCGACUGCAAAUCUGGCAUGUAAAUCAAAUUCAAAUUUGUAUAAUUGAACCCAAUCUAAUCGAAUGGUCUCGAUUUUACCUUUUUAGUGAAUGUAUCAUAUCAUACCUUGUUAUUUUACAUAAAUCAUUAGCAAUAGCUUUAAUUAGGCUCGAGGCAGACAGCUUUUCUGGUAAUUCAUGCAGUACAAUUAAUCGAUCUUUCGUAGGAUUCAUUCAAAUAUUAUAUAAAAACCAUACUUAUAAUAAGCAGGAGAUUUACAUAAUUUUAAAUUAUAAUUGGUUAAUUAAAACAUUAUAAUUAGGAGAAUUAGAGGUAAAACACUCCUAAAGAUAUAGCCAUAUACUUUACCUAUCUGCAUUGUAUUUCUGCAAAAGUUAUAA